ACAAUCUGGGACGGACCGACCUCUGGCACCCCGAGGACUUUGCACGAGACUAAGUCGCGCUUUGGCCGCAGGCAUGGAUCAAAGCAGUGAAGGAGGUGUGAAGAAGAUUAACAAUGUAAAUAUUGACAAACUUAUAGAUGACUUCUCACAGAUAGAAAAGAAAAUGAUAGAAACCGCUGGAAAGAACAAUCUUCUGGAUAUUCAGCUGGAAAAGACUAACAGCUUAUUAAAGAUAAUGCAGACAAAGGAGGAAACAAUAACAGAAGAAUGUGCUACUUUUCAAAAUGUGAUAAAAGGGCUACAAGAAACUAUUCAUUAUCAACACCAUUUGAAAGGUGACAAUGAAGACCUAAAAAGAGAUGUUGAUUUUAUGAAAGAGAAGUUAAAAUCUGAUGAGCAGAAAUAUAAAAAUGAAAUUGCUGAACUUAUAAAUGAACUGAAAAUCAAAGAAGAGGAACAUAAAUUCAAAAUGAGCAAACUUUAUCAGGAGAUGCAUAAAACAGUUAAAUUAAAUGAAAAAAAGCACAAAGAACUGAUGGCAAAGAAGGAGAAGGAAAUAUCUGAGCUAAAUGAAAAACUAAGAACUCAAGAGAAGGAAAAGCAAAGUGAAAUACUCCGACUACAUCUAGAAUUUGACACCAAACUAGCAAGAGCUCAGACUAAAUCAAAACCACAUCUGGAUGCUACUAUGUUGCCACAAAGUAUCUACAGAAGGAAACUUCAACAUCUUCAAGAGGAAAAGAACAAGGAGAUUGCAAGUCUCCAAAACACCGUCCGAGACUUAGAGCAGCGCCUUGCAGCAGUCAAAGACUCCCGCCUCACACGGAAACGGUUUUGAGCAGGGCACUUAAUGUAUUAGCUACAACUUAAUUUCUUUAAAGGCAUUAAAAAUUCACUUCUAUUUUCAAUGUGAGUGUGCUAAACAAUAAAGACAAG